AUGCGAAAUUCAAAUAUCAAGCGUUCCGGUUGUGGAGCAUGUUUAAAAAUUCACCUUGUUAAUGAACCGAACCAAUACGAAGUUUACAAGUUCGUUGAGCAACACAAUCACAUCCUUUUUAAUAAAGAGGAGAUGAUGUUUUCCCGUUCGAAAAGGCAACUCCACUACGCUGAUCAUAAGAAUGUAUUUCAUGGUUCUAGUUCAAAGGUUGGCGUCACCAAAUCUCAUAGAUUUAUGAAAGCUGUUAAGGGUGUUGUAGAUUCAUCGGGUGGCACUGUAAGAGAUCAUCAAAACUUCAAACGCGAUAUGGCAUAUUUUGUUGGCAAUAAAGACGCACAAAUGUUAUUAAAUGUGAUGGAUAAUAGGAGGAAGGUUUGUCCGGAGUUUUUUUUCGAGUACAAGUGUGAUGACAAGGAGUUGUUAGCAAUUUUUUGGGCUGAUGAGACUGCACGAUCAAAUUAUAGGGAAUUUGGCGAUGCAAUAUCAUUUGAUGCAACGUUUAGAACCAAYAAGCAUGCUAUGAUAUUUGUUCCGUUCGUUGCAAUUGACAAUCAUAAGAAAUCCGUUGUUGUUGGAGCUGCAUUGAUUCACAAUGAAUCUGUAGUUGAUUACACAUGGGUACUAAAAGCAUUUGUAAAAGCACAUGGACGUCAACCACGUUUCGUUAUCACCGACCAAUGUGCGUCGAUGAAACAAGCAAUUCCCAUUGCAUUUCCUGAAUCAAGGCAUAGAUUGUGUAUGUGGCAUAUCACUAAAAAKGUGAAAUCGAAGAUUAGUAAUCACCUCCAACACCGCACUCAGUUCGUUAGCGAAUUCAAUAAGUUGGUGUGGAACGUUCACCUUUGUCCUAAUGAAUUUGAGAUGCAAUGGAACAAUCUGAUCGAUUUUUAUGGAUUACGUGGAGAUCCAUGGUUUGAUGAAUUGUACAAUAUUAGGGAGUCGUGRAUUCCGGCUUACUAUAAGGAUUUUCACAUGUCAGGCCUAAUGAAAACAACAUCCAGGUCGGAGAGCAUCAAUGCCUUUUUUAACGUUUAUGCACAUUUUUGGCAUGAUCUUGUUGUUUUUCUCCGUUCUUUUGAUAAUGCAAUUGAAAGUCAACGGGCAACACAUGGGUCACUAGAGGUGACAACGAAAAGCACGAUUCCUCGAUUGGUGUCCCCUUGCAAGUUGGAAGCUCAUGCAGCAGAGGUUUAUACAYGGACUAUAUUUUUCGAAAUUCAGAAAGAGUUAAGAAAGGCUGUUUGGCUUUGUGGCUGGGAUGGAUUCACUGACGAUGGUGAAAACAGAGUGUACAUCAUUACUCACAAGAACAAGGCUUCGAAGGUCACAACAAAGUACACGGUGAUUAAGAACAAGAUGGAAAACUCAUAUGAUUGCAGUUGCAAUUGUUUUGUUCGUAAUGGGAUUUUAUGUCGUCACGCUCUCAAGGUGAUGUUAAAUGAUGAGGUUGACAGAAUUCCUGAAAAAUAUAUACUACGUCGUUGGCGACGCGAUCUAGUUCCCGUGGAGUGGUUACCAGCACGUUUCAGAUAUGGUGAAGUUGAUGCAGAGAAAGAGAGAUUGAUGAGCUUGGCUUAUUCAUAUUUUGAACGUAUCUUAGGUAGAGUCCGAAAUGAAAAAGACAUUUUGGCCAGAUUUGUUGACCAACUCGAACAAUGGGAUUCAAAGGUUGACAUUGAACUUCCUUUACAGUCUCACACUGAAGAGACCACAGCGUCUAUUAAAGAGUUUCUUGGAGUAUCUCAACCCGAAACUGUUGAUGUUCUUCCUCCCACCGGUAUUCGAAACAAAGGUUGUGGAACUGGAAAGAGACUUAUUAGCGCUGCAGAGAAAGCAAUUUCAAACGGAAAAAAGCAAAAGAGAAAGUGUCGACUAUGUGGUCAGAUGGCUACACAUGACUCUCGGAAUUGUCCGAAGCGUGAUUACAUUUAA